AUGGAUUCAAAGUAUAAAUCAGAUAACAAAUUUGAUUAAUCAAAGUAAUUAUAAUCUUCUAAUAAGUAGUUCAGUUGAAAUUAAUCCACCAGAAACUUUAGAAUUUGAGGUUGUGCCAAAUCAAAAGAAGAUAUAUGCCAGAGUAAAAAUCUCAAACAAUACACCUUAAGAUGUGAUGUUUCGUAUCAAAACUACAGCUCCUGAUUACUAUGUAAUUUCUUAUGAUAAAGAACAACCUAUUACAACUUUAUCAUCUUAGGACAUUCAUAUUCUAUUAAUUUGUGAUCAAUCAAGAAUUUAACAUCGUUUGAAAGAUAAAUUUCUAAUUUAAGUUGUUGAAAAAUAGAAAUAUGAUGCAGCUGCUAAUGAUGAUUCUAGAUGGUCAAGUUUUCUCAAAAAAUAAAAAUUAAAUGUAAGUCUUAUCAGAAAAGAUCUAAAUUCCUCAUAGCAAUCAUAAAAAAUAUAAUAACAGCCCAGUGAUAUAAAAUAGUAAUCGGUUGGUUAAAUAGUUUAAUCUCGUUUUUUAUAAGGUUCAAAUGCUCAACUCAAUUAAGGAUUAAUUAAUCAAAAUAAUUAAGAGAGUAAAAUAAUAUAAACUGAUGAAGAUAGGAAUAUGAAAAUUAAAUUAGAUUCUUUGAAAUAAAAAUAUCAUGAAUAAGCUAAAUUGAUUGUAUAUUAAUUAAUUUUUAUAUUAUAGGAAUAAUAUAAAUUUGAUAUUAAUGAAUUAUAGAAUGAAAUAGAUAGAAAAUCAUUUAUCUAUGAUUUAGAGAAGAAAAAAGAAUAAAAUGAUUAACCUGAAGAAAAUAUAUCAACAGCCUUAAGAGAUAAAACUGGAAUACCAUUAUGGGAACUAUUUAUUGCAGCUACUAUUGCAUUAAUUUUAGGUGCUUUACUCAAUAGAUAAUGA